AUGUCAGAGUCCCCAAACCCAAAACCCAGGGUCGUAAUCUGUGUAGGCGACAUCCACGGCUUCGCAACGAAGCUGAAAAACCUAUGGUCGAACCUCGAAAGCAGCAUCCACCGGUCCGAAUUCGAAUCUGCCACCAUAAUCUUUCUGGGCGACUACUGCGACCGCGGCCCCGAAACCCGCCACGUCAUUGAUUUCCUCGUGGCGUUGCCCUCCAGUUACCCGCGGCAGAAGCACGUCUUCCUUGCAGGCAACCACGACCUGGCCUUUGCCGCCUUCCUCCAUCUCCUACCGUCUCCGCCGGAUGGGUCGCUGUUCUCAGAGGGAUGGAAGGAGUAUGCGGCGAGCGAGGAGCGCGAAGGGUGGUUCAACGGUGAGGGGUUUGAGAAUAUGCACCUGCAAGGUCGAAGGUGGAGCGGUAAGAUAAAGGUGAAGUUUAACACUGCUAAGGGGACGGAUUAUCAAGGGUCGAUUUACGACGCUGGACCAACCUUUGAAUCCUAUGGAGUUCCCCAUGGUUCUGCUGGUUCGCCUCUCUGGUUUUUUGAUAGAAAUGAGAAAAAUGUUGAGGCCGUGGUUACUGUGAAUGACAUUGAUUUGGUUAAGGCUGUUCCUGAUGAGCAUAAGAAAUUUCUGGCUGAUUUGGUUUGGGUCCAUGAAAAGGACGAUGUCUUCAUUAACACUGAAGAUGGAGUUAAAUGCUGCAAGUUGAUUGCUGUUCAUGCUGGUUUGGAGAAAGGCAAAAAUGUGAAAGAGCAAUUAAAACUUUUGAAAGAUCGAGAUACUCGGGUACCUAAGGUGGAGGCUCUAAGUGGGAGAAAGAGUGUAUGGGAUAUUCCAGAGGAACUAACUGCAAGUCCAACCAUAAUUGUUAGUGGUCACCAUGCGAAACUCCAUACAGAAGGUUUAAGGCUAAUCAUUGAUGAAGGUGGCGGUUAUAAAGAUAGACCAGUGGCUGCAAUUAUUCUUCCUUCAAAGACGAUUAUUCGUGAUACAGAUGCAUGA